AUGGAAGGAAAAAACAGCGGCGGCCGGAAAAUGGAUAUGGAUCGGAUCAAGGGCCCGUGGAGCCCGGAGGAGGACGAACUUCUUCAGCAGCUCGUGAAGAAGCACGGCCCGAGAAACUGGUCCCUCAUCAGCAAGUCCAUCCCCGGCAGAUCCGGCAAGAGCUGCCGCCUCCGGUGGUGCAACCAGCUCUCGCCGCAGGUGGAGCACCGGGCCUUCACGCCGGAGGAAGACGAGACGAUCAUCCGGGCCCACGCCCGGUUCGGCAACAAGUGGGCCACAAUAGCCCGGCUCCUCUCGGGCCGGACCGACAACGCCAUCAAGAACCACUGGAACUCCACCCUCAAGCGCAAAUCCGCCUCUCUCAGCUCCGAUGAGGGUAACGGCGACGGGAACGAUUUCCUAGUCGGACCGGAUCGGCCGCUGAAGAGAUCCGUUAGCGCCGGGUCUGGCGUCCCGGUUUCGGUCCUUCACUUGUGUCCGGGCAGCCCGUCCGGAUCUGACACCAGCGAGUCGAGUCUGCCGUUCGUUUCCCCCGUGUUUAAACCGGUCGCGAGAACCGGCGGCGUCCUAAUGGAGCCGGUGUCUGAACCGGCGACAAGCCUGAGCCUUUCCCUUCCCGGUGCCGAGCCGACCGAGUCAACUCAACCGAAAACGAGUCCGAUCCAGCUGCUGCCGGUUCUCCCCACCGCGCCACCGCCUCCGACGGCGGCAACCGCCUCGCCAGCUAUUGCCACGGAGAAACAAACACAAACUCCUCCGAUCUCCGGGUUCGCACCGCCGCCGCCGCCGCCGCCGGAGCAGCAGGCGGACAAGGUAUUUGUGCCGUUCAGCAGGGAGCUGAUGGCGGUGAUGCAGGACAUGAUACGGGCAGAGGUGAGGAGUUACAUGAUGGAACAGCAACGCCAUCAUCACCACCAAGAGCAGCAGCAGUUUAUUAGUCAUUCUCAACAGCAGUAUAGCAAUCAGCAACAGAUGGGGAUGUGCGUGCAGCAAGCUAAUGUGAACCAAAGGUUCACAAACGCCGCCAUUAAUCGGCUCGGACUCAGCAGGAUUGACUGA